AUGCAACAUCAGCCAUCAUUAGGAACAUUUGGUCAUGUAAUACCAUGUGAUCAUCCAAAGCAUCCAAACCUUGUUGAUACGACAGCGAUAAUUAUUGAUGAAAUUUGGUAUAAUUUUCCCGUUCAUUCUAAUUCACAAGUCAUCCCACUUCGCAUUUUUAUUCAAGAAACGUUGCGUCGAUCGAGAACUUCUUGGUCGACACUUCAAACAGCUUUAUUCUAUCUCAAAAGAAUAAAGCCUCAAAUCUUUUAUCUUUGGCUUAAUCCUGAUCGUUGGACAUUAAACUCAAAAGAUAAUAAUAAUCAAGGUAGUGAUCCAGCCACUUGUGGACGUCGUAUGUUCCUUGCAUCUCUUAUCAUAGCAUCAAAAUAUCUUCAAGAUCGAAAUUAUGCAAAUAAUGCUUGGUCAAAGAUAUGCGGACUUCCCGUUCAAGAGAUAAAUGCGAUAGAAAGACGUUUCCUUGAACUUAUUGAUUACAAUUUGUUUAUAGGAGAAGAUAUAUAUCAACGAUGGACCAAUGUUUUAAAUUCUCACAUUCAAGCCAUUUCAGAACCUGAGGCGACUGCUGAAAAUCAACAAGCUGUAGCUCAAUUCAAACAGACUCUGAGGUUGCAACCCCAGGCGGUAGAAUGUAAAGUUCAGGGUUAA